AAGACCUGGGCAGUGUAGAGGGGAACAACUCCACCCAGCUCCCCUCAACCAUGCAACCACCUACAACAACAGACAGCGACGGCAAGGACUAACAGAGCUGCUCAGCAGGGACAAGGACAGAUAAACAAUUCCACUGCUCAGCCUUCUGCCUUCUUGAACUCGAUUCUCCCUGGUUCACGUGACAGGCAAGUGAGUCAAGGGAGGAAAUGGUCUUAAACUCCUUAAAUCUUUACAUUUCUUUUCCCUCUUUCUUUCAUUCCCCAGGAUUUCAGGAUGCAAGGAGCUGCUGGUCUGCUCUGAUUGGCCUUGGGACAGCUCUCUCCCCAAUAGUUUGGAGGGCAGGAUGGAACAUGGCACGUGACUUUACAGAGCCUAAGAAUGCUUCAGACAGAGGAACCUGCAGCAGUGCUCGUGGAGGACACCACAGGUCUCAAAAAUAAUAGCUAAAGGACAUCCAUGCCAUCUCCAGAAUCCCCUUCCUGCCUCACCUUCCCCUUACUCCUCAGUAGCGCCGACGACUCCUAAAUCACUUCUAGGCUGGGAUUAUGGUUACAAGAGCUAGUGGCAUGAAGCUGUUCCUGAUUAUUCUGCCUUCGCUUUUCCAAGCUGUUACAAACUCUCUUAGGAUUCAUCCCAGGCUGGACAGCCACACCUGCCCCUUGGGACAGUUCCCCUGUGGCAACCUAUCUGUCUGCUUACCCCAGCUCCUACACUGCAAUGGGGUGAAGGACUGUGACAACGGUGCUGACGAAGAGAACUGUGUGGAUAACAGUGGGUGGCUGCAGAUCCUGGGUGGCAUGCUCAGUACUAAAAGCAGCAAGGCCAGGAGGGAAGAGGAGACCAUGGACUGCAUGCUUGAUCUCUUCCCAGAGCAAUGCCAGUGCUGGGCGAAAAAUAUAGACUGCACCGGCCACGGCCUGCGCACCGUCCCUUUGGUGUCCUCCAAUGUGACAAAGCUGGAUCUGAAGAACAAUAAAAUCUACCUGCUGGUGGACAACCAGUUUGUUGCAUACAAGAAUCUGGAGAAGCUGCUCUUACAGCACAACAAAAUCCGGUUGAUAUCCACUCAUGCGUUUGCAGGGCUUUCUGGAUUGAAAAUGCUGUUCUUGAGUCACAAUAAAAUCACUCAGCUGAGGCCUAGGGUCUUCAGGGACCUGCAUCACCUUGAAUGGCUAAUGCUGGAUAAUAACCACAUUGCCAAGAUUGUCCCAGCUGCUUUUGUGGGGUUAAAGUCCCUGUACUUCCUGUAUAUGCUGAACAACUCACUGACGAAACUGCCUAAUGCUUCUAUUUGUGCAGAAACACCCAAGCUCAGCUGGCUGGAGCUGGAAGGGAACAAGAUCCGUGCAUUGAGGAGCUCGGUGUUCCAGGAGUGUGGCACCUUCACUGUGCUAAUACUGCGCAGGAACAAGAUCAGAUGGAUCCAGGAAGGGACCUUUUCCAAGCUGAAUGGACUCGUGGAGCUUGACCUAUCUUCCAACAGACUAGAGGAGCUCCUGCCAUCUUUAUUCACUGGCCUCCAUGACCUCCAGCAGCUGAAUAUUUCCUACAACCCGCUGAAGCAGAUCUUUGCUGACCAGUUUGACAGCCUGCCCCAUCUGCGUUCUCUGAGCAUUGAAGGUUUGGAGAUCCCCAACAUCCAGAAUCGCAUGUUCCAGAAACUCACCAAUCUGUCUCACAUCUACUUCAAGAAGUUCCAGUACUGCAGCUAUUCCCCCCAUGUGCGCAGUUGCAAGCCCAACACUGACGGCAUUUCCUCUUUUGAGAAUCUCCUAGCCAACAUCAUCCUUCGGGUCUUUGUCUGGGUCAUUGCUUGCAUCACCUGUUUUGGGAACCUUUUUGUCAUCUGCAUGAGGUCCUUCAUCAUCACCGAGAACAGCCAGCACACCAUGGCCAUCAAGUCACUCUGCUGUGCAGACUGUCUGAUGGGCAUCUACCUCUUCUUCAUUGGAGCCUUUGACCUCAAAUACUCUGGCGAGUACAAUAAGCAUGCCCAGGUGUGGAUGGCAAGCAUUCAGUGCCAGCUGGUGGGCAGCCUGGCCAUGCUGUCCUCAGAAGUAUCUGUCCUGCUCCUGACAUAUAUGACCUUUGAGAAAUACUUCUGCAUUGUCUUCCCAUUCAGCCACUAUAAAGCUGGCAAAAAACAGACCAUUUCCAUGCUGGUCAUCAUCUGGCUGCUAGGACUUUCCCUCACUCUUGUCCCCUUCUGGUGCAAGGAAUCCUUUGGGAACUACUACGGGAGAAAUGGGGUCUGUUUCCCACUCCAGUCAGAUGUGACUGAGAAACCAGGAGCCAGGGGCUACUCCACUGGAAUCUAUCUAGGUCUGAACCUCGUUGCCUUCAUCAUUAUUGUUUUCGCCUACACCAGCAUGUUCUACUCUGUCCACACCACAGCGGCCAAGACGGUGGAGCGCAGUGUCUUCUCCAGGGAGGUUGCCAUUGCCAAGAGGUUCUUCUUUAUUGUUUUCACAGAUGCCCUUUGCUGGAUCCCCAUCUUCCUCCUCAAGCUCCUCUCUCUGCUCCAGGUGGAAAUACCAGGUACCAUAACCUCUUGGGUGGUUAUUUUCAUCCUGCCCAUCAACAGUGCCUUGAAUCCUAUUCUGUACACCAUCACCACCACCUCUUUCCAGGAGAAGGUCAAACUGUGUUUGCAGACGAAGCAACAGUCAUUACAAGAGGCACCAGGAUCCCAAAAGAGCUUUAUCCUAGUAUCCAUACACACCAGCACUGCCUGACUUAUGCGCUUCAGGCCUAGCCGCUGGGUACAAAGACAUCAUGACUUUGUCCAGUGAUCACUGGUGGCCUAUGGGACUUGAACUCUGCCGCCCUUCUAUCAUCUUCUCAUCAGUGCCGUUGUAACUGGGAUCAGCUCCAUAAAGUAACCCAUGUGGCAGCAUUGGAUCUACUUGCCUCAGGAACUCUCACGGUAUGGGUUUAUCAGCAGCAGGAACAUCUAAUCUGGUCUUCGCUACAAGGCUGAACCAGCUGCUGCGGAGUGAGUGGGCAUCAUCAUCUCAUAAUCAUCUCUGUCUCUCCACGGCGUGGUCUCUACAGUUCACAGAACCUUUCUCCUGCUGGCAAACUAUCUAAACAUUGCAGCAAUCCUUGGAAGAGCUGCAAACCCUGGAUUUGGCAGCCUAUAGGUCGAGAGAAGAGAGGGCAGGCUGGAGAUUUGGCUGAUUGCAACAAGUUUGCAGUCCUGUUGAGGGGAGCAAGAGCAAUUAGCAGAAGCAGCCUGGGAAGAGCCAUGGGAAGGACUGCAGCAGGGGUGUAGCAGGGCAGCUCCACCCUUUGGGCAGCAGCAAUGCAUGGGGAAGCACCAUCUGUUGCAGUGCGGGUAGUGGUGGCACAGUCAGCUGCUACUGCAGUGAUGACUACUCUUGCACUUCUCCCAAAGGUGGCAUCUGGGGCCGCUGCAUUGGUCAUCCCCUCAGUUAGGAGCAGUAUUCAGUGCAUCCUCUGUGCAGUGCUACAGCCUAAGCCUGGGUGCUGAGUCCAGUAUCAUAAGGCCCAAGACAGCAAACGGGCCUGUCAAAGCCCAGCAUCCCCCAGGUAUCUUUACAUCUUCAGUCUACCAGGAGCCACAUGAGCUACUGCAGCAACCCAUUUUGGGAUGUUGCUGCAUAGGAAAGAUGCAUAAACAGCAGCAGGCAGCUAACAUCAAGACUUCACCACCCAGCAGUGCAUGCCAUUAGUUUAUGAUUGCAUGGAUGAGCAAAUGCAAGCCCCAUUCUGUGUCAGUACAAAACCCCUGUCCCUUCUACACAAAAUACACAUCUGUUAAGAGUGAACAUCACCGAGCUGUACUGCCUGACACAUAUUAACAUUCUAACAGUAAGAAACAUGCAGCAUGCCAGUAACAUGCAAAAGUAAGAAACUUUUGCUUUUGUUUUUUCUAAUAAGGGACCCAACUUUCUAAAUGUAAUUGGAAAAUCUGAGGAGCUACUCCUCUGGCCCCUGGAGAGAGGCCUACGUGUAUCAAGUCUCCCCCGGUCUAGUGCCCAUGAAGAGAACUGUUAAGGAGGCUGGAUCCAGAGGACCCUGUGCUUCCCCCUGGCUGACUCAUUUCUCAACCCCUCACCGAGCAGGUACAGGGUGUGGAAAGUGCUGGAAAGGAUUGCUAACUUCUCUACGCAGUCAAAAGGGCAUCAGAAUUUGAUGACAAAGCAGUUCAGCUCACGACCACGUUGCAUGCACCUGAGGUUCCCUGGGGAAACUGCCAGCCGACAGGCCACUGAUUUCCCCAUGCUCACCCACGUGUGCAAGGCCUUUCCCAGUGUGGCAGCUACCUUCUUGCAUGAUCUCUUGGGCCCUGGUGUGCUAAGUCACCACUUACACUUCCCAAGAGACAGCACAGAUGCUAGAUGUUAUCAGCCUCUGAGAGCACAGGUGCAUCUGCUGCCAGGUAGGAGUUUCCCAGCUGGAGCAUCAUGUCCUGGGGGUCUACACAGCAAACGUGGGCUGCUACAAAUUCCUCACACACUUGGUUUCUUGAAAGCUGUGCUGGAAGCUCUGACCUCACCCUUACAUGUACUAACAGGCUCAUGCAGUGCUAAGUUCUCUGUCACAAACACUGCUAAACCCCAAGUCUUAGGACAGACCAGUGUCAGUAAUUCUGAGGCUGACUGGCUGUAUCUCUCUCUCCAGCUGCCAGCCCUAGAUAUUAGAUUGGAGCAGUCACAUGAAGCAGGAUACAGAAAAGUCGAAUAGAGGAAAGAAGCCAACCACUAAGUGAAGAGGCUAGACAGAAAUAUUCCUGUGGUGAUGUACAAGUGAAUGACUAGAGAUAGUCCCUUCUAGCAGGUUGUGUUGUGCAUUUGAGCAUUGGGGAACAGGAAAAGCUGGAGGGUCCAUUACUUUGUAGUAAGCUUCCAUUGUUAAUAAAGUUCUUGUUUCUUUCUCA